AUGAGUACCGGUGGCGAAGAGACGGCCCUCGUGGCCGCGCAACCACUGCCGGCCGGCUGCCGGUCUCGGCCCUUCUCGACGCCUUCCUGCAAUCAGCCUCUGCGGCGGAUGCUCGUCGACGCCCGCGGAUCGCGGCCCGUGACGCGACCGGUGCCCGUGGCUUGCGCCGGCGUCGAGCUCCUCCUGCCGGCCACCGCGAACCCGCUGUGCGCGCGUCUCGCCCGCGACUGUCACGAGCAGAACGCGACCGUGUCGCGACUGGCCUGCGGUCGUCUCGCGCUCGUCACGACGCGCGCCCUGGGCGCGGGCGAGGAGCUGCGGCCCUGGCUCUCGCCCGCGCUGCUCGCCGAGCUCGGCGUGCCGGCGGCGCUGACGCCGGCGCACAUCCGCGGACACCGGUGCUACGCGUGUCCGGACUGUGGCGCGGCCUUCGAGCAGCCCAACCCGCUCAAGGCGCACCUGGCGCUGGACGCGUGCGGCGCCAAGCCGCCGAGGUUGGCGCCUCCUCCCAGGCACGCGUGCGCCUUCUGCGGGAAACUCUACUCGCGCAGGUACGGCCUGAAGAUUCACGUACGCACUCACACCGGUCACAAGCCCCUGGAGUGCCGUUUCUGCCGGAGGCCUUUCAGCGACCCGUCCAACCUGAACAAGCACGUACGCCUGCACGCGCAGCGGGACUCGCCUUACCGCUGCGCGCUGUGCGCCAAAAGACUGGUGCGCCGCCGAGACCUGGACCGACACCUUCGCGCCAGACAUCAGCUCGAAGCUCAGCCUGUACUGGCAGCCACCAGGCCAACCUCUGCGACGACGACAGCAGCGUCGGCGCUCUCCUGA